CAAGGGCAACGGAAACGCUUCUCAUUCUCCACUCCGGCCUCCAUUGACGAGCUUCGAAGCGAGAGUGCUCUGAAUUGGAGGGUUUUGGACGUGUAUCGAUCGAUGAUGCUUUUGCCCUUGCCUCGCCUCACCAGCUCUCUCCGAACACCCUUUGACGUCGAUCAAGCCUACCUUCAUCGGAAAUCAAUACUCCAAAGUCGCCAAUCUAAAAGUGCUAAAGAUGAUUUGGAGCUUGCUAGGAAGCUGGUUCCACGAUGGGAUGAAGCUUCAAGUAACGUGCGACAAACAUACAAACAAUUUCUUGGUGCCUUGGUGGAGUUGAUCAAUGGGGAAACAUCCUCAGAAGAAUUUCAUGGAAUAGCGAAAACUAUUUAUGAUUUUUUUACUGGCCCUGAUGCUGCUUGUGGUGAUAUAUCUCAUAAAAUUGCUGAGAAAAGGGGCGAGUUGCAAAUGCUUAUUGGCUACUCCAUAUCAGAUUCUACUCUGCAGAAAGUAGUGUCAUUAGCACAAAGGCUUUUUUCUUUGCAGUUCACUGAUGACCAAACUGAUCUCAUUCUGGCAAAGGUAGCAGAUGAAGGGGCAUAUUAUCAUGAAUUUGGUAAUGAUAUUACAUUCCAAUCUCCUGCUCGGUUUCUUGUGGAGACACCUUUAGAAAAUGGAUAUCCUCUGGCAACUGAUAGUUGGACAGCUCUGGUUUCACCACACGAGGAUAAUGAUCAUCAACAAGUUUUAUCUUCACAUGAAUCUAGUGUCAGCCAUGGAACUGUGAAUUUGAGAUGGCUGAAAAAUGUGUGUGAUCAGAUAGUAGAAGGAGGUGGUUCACAGCUUUCUGGAGAUGAGCUCGCAAUGGCUAUUUGUCGGGUGCUCCAGUCAAACAAAGCUGGCGAUGAGAUAGCUGGUGAUUUGUUGGACCUUGUUGGUGAUGAUGCUUUUGAAGCAGUUCAAAAUCUUCUAUCGCAUCGGAAGGAUCUUGUUGAUGCAAUCAACCAUGGAAUGUCUAUGCUAAAAUCUGAGAAGGUGCAACCAAACACUCAGCCAAGAAUGCCUAGUUAUGGCACACAGGUUACAAUACAAACAGAAUCUGAUCGUCAAAUUGAAAAGCUUCGACGAAAAGAGGAAAAGCGUCAUAAACGUGGAGGAGAUUAUGGAAACAUGCAUGAUUUUUCUGGUGAAAGUUUUUCCUCUCUUCUUGCUGCCAGUGAGAGAAAGCAACCACUGGAUGAUGUAAUGGGGACUGGCCAGGGUUCCAAUUCUUCCUUAGUCAGUUCUCUUCCCCAAGGAACAGUGAGGUUAUACCGAAAAAACUAUGAAGAAGUAAGAAUUCCACCAACUCCAACAGCUCCAAUGCGACCUGAUGAGAAGUUGAUUGACAUAAAAGAAUUGGAUGAGUUUGCUCAAGCUGCUUUCCAAGGAUACAAGUCCCUGAAUCGCAUCCAAAGCCGCAUAUUUCACACAACAUAUCAUUCAAAUGAGAACAUUCUGGUUUGUGCACCAACUGGCGCUGGCAAGACUAAUAUCGCUAUGAUUUCUGUCCUUCAUGAGAUCAAACAGCAUUUCCGGGAUGGUAUUUUGCAUAAAAAUGAAUUCAAAAUAGUAUAUGUUGCUCCUAUGAAGGCCUUAGCAGCCGAGGUUACGUCCACAUUCAGUCAUCGUCUGUCUCCUUUGAAUCUGACAGUAAGAGAACUUACUGGGGACAUGCAGCUGUCUAAGAAUGAGCUUGAAGAGACCCAGAUGAUAGUGACUACACCUGAGAAAUGGGAUGUCAUUACUCGCAAAAGCAGUGACAUGUCAUUGUCGAUGCUUGUCAAACUCUUAAUCAUUGAUGAAGUACACCUGCUGAAUGAUGAUAGAGGCUCUGUGAUAGAAGCUCUAGUUGCUCGGACCCUCCGACAAGUUGAAUCAUCACAAUCCAUGAUACGCAUUGUGGGUCUGUCUGCCACUCUGCCCAAUUAUCUAGAGGUUGCACAAUUUUUAAGGGUGAAUCCUGAGACAGGUCUAUUCUUUUUUGACUCGAGUUAUCGGCCAGUUCCUCUUGCUCAACAAUACAUUGGCAUUAGUGAAAAGGACUACGCCAAAAGGAUUAACCUUUACAACACGAUUUGCUAUGAGAAGGUCUUAGAUGCACUAAAGCAAGGACACCAAGCCAUGGUUUUCGUUCAUUCACGCAAAGAUACUGGGAAAACUGCAAGGAUACUGAUUGAAAUUGCCCAAAAAGCAGGUGAACUGAUGUUGUUCGUGAAUGAAGAGCAUCCACAGUUCGGGUUGAGAAAAAAAGAAGUUGUCAAAUCUCGAAACCGAGAAGUUGUUGAGUUAUUUGGACAUGGCUUUGGCAUCCAUCAUGCAGGCAUGCUUCGUGCUGAUAGAAGCUUGACUGAGCGGCUUUUCUCUGAUGGACUUCUGAAAGUACUUGUAUGCACAGCAACUUUGGCAUGGGGUGUAAAUUUACCUGCUCACACAGUUAUUAUCAAGGGAACACAAUUAUAUGACCCCAAGGCUGGUGGAUGGCGAGACCUUGGCAUGCUUGAUGUUAUGCAGAUUUUUGGACGCGCUGGAAGGCCACAGUUUGACAAAAGUGGCGAGGGCAUUAUAAUUACAUCUCAUGACAAAUUGGCUUAUUAUCUCAGGCUGCUAACAAGUCAACUUCCUAUAGAAAGCCAGUUCAUUAACUCCUUGAAAGAUAAUCUGAAUGCUGAGGUGGCACUAGGCACAGUAACAAAUGUCAAGGAGGCUUGUGCUUGGCUUGGAUAUACCUAUCUUUUUAUAAGGAUGAAGCUGAACCCUUUGGUCUAUGGAAUUGCGUGGGAUGAGGUUGUUGCAGACCCUUUAUUGAGUUUCAAACAAAGGUCUCUUGUAGUUGAUGCAGCACGUGCCCUUGACAAGGCAAAAAUGAUGCGCUUCGAUGAAAAAAGUGGCAAUUUCUAUUGCACGGAGCUUGGUCGCAUAGCUAGCCAUUAUUACCUUCAAUACUCUAGUGUUGAGACAUACAAUGAAAUGCUCAGGCGCCACAUGAGUGAUAGUGAAGUGAUUAACAUGGUGGCUCACUCAUCUGAAUUUGAGAACAUUGUUAUUAGAGAAGAGGAACAAGAAGAGCUUGAGACUUUAUUGAGAGUAUCAUGUCCUUUGGAAGUGAAGGGGGGACCUACCGACAAGUAUGGAAAAAUUUCAAUCUUAAUUCAGGUUUACAUUUCACGAGGUUCAAUAGAUAGUUUCUCUUUGAUUUCUGAUGCAGCAUAUAUCAGUGCAAGCUUAGCCCGUAUAAUGCGUGCUUUGUUUGAAAUCUGUCUGCGACGUGGCUGGUGUGAAAUGUCAUCCUUCAUGCUCCAAUAUUGCAAGGCUGUUGAUCGCCAAAUUUGGCCUCAUCAGCAUCCUCUUAGGCAAUUUGACCGAGAGCUUUCAGCAGAUAUCCUCCGAAAGCUUGAAGAGAGAGGAGCUGACCUUGAUCGUCUCUAUGAGAUGGAGGAGAAAGACAUAGGCCUGCUGAUUCGUUAUGCUCCUGGAGGAAAGGUUGUCAAGCAAUAUCUAGGAUAUUUUCCUUACAUCAGUUUGUCUGCUACAGUGAGCCCAAUCACUAGAACUGUUCUCAAGGUUGAUUUGGUCAUAAGUCCUGAUUUUGUGUGGAAGGAUCGCUUUCAUGGUACCGCUAUAAGUUGGUGGAUUCUUGUUGAGGAUUCUGAGAAUGAUCACAUCUACCAUUCAGAGCUCUUCACGCUAACCAAGAAGCUGGCAAGGGGAGAGUCUCAAAAAUUAUCUUUUACUGUACCUAUAUUUGAACCACAUCCACCGCAGUAUUUUAUCCGUGCCAUUUGUGAUUCAUGGUUGAAUGCUGAGGCACUCUUCACUGUUUCUUUCCACAAUUUGACAUUACCAGAAACACAAAUAACUCAUACAGAACUACUUGACUUGAAACCUCUUCCUGUGUCGUCUCUUGGCAAUGAAACUUAUGAAACACUGUAUAAGUUUUCACACUUCAAUCCGAUCCAAACACAGAUUUUUCAUGUCUUGUAUCAUUCUGAUAGCAAUGUUCUCUUAGGAGCUCCAACAGGAAGUGGAAAAACUAUAUCAGCUGAGCUAGCAAUGCUGCGUCUUUUCGACAGUCAGCCGGAUAUGAAGGUAAUUUAUAUUGCGCCACUGAAGGCUAUUGUCCGUGAAAGAAUGUAUGACUGGAGAAAACGGCUUGUUAAUCAGCUUGGGAAAAAAAUGGUUGAAAUGACUGGUGAUGUUACUCCAGACCUUAUGUCCCUAAUGACAGCUGAUAUCAUAAUUUCAACUCCUGAGAAAUGGGAUGGUAUAAGUCGCAAUUGGCAAAAUCGAAGUUAUGUAAUGAAGGUAGGCCUCAUGAUAUUGGACGAGAUCCAUUUACUAGGAGCAGACCGUGGUCCCAUUCUAGAGGUUAUUGUUUCUAGAAUGAGAUACAUAUCGUCCCAAACAGAGAGGUCAAUACGUUUUGUUGGCCUAUCGACAGCAUUGGCAAAUGCUCGUGAUUUGGCUGACUGGUUAGGUGUGGAAGAUAUCGGUCUUUUUAAUUUCAAGCCAAGUGUGAGGCCUGUGCCUCUUGAAGUUCACAUACAGGGAUAUCCGGGGAAGUUCUACUGUCCCAGGAUGAAUAGUAUGAACAAACCUGCAUAUGCUGCCAUUUGCACUCAUUCACCUUCUAAACCAGUUCUUAUAUUUGUUUCGUCUCGGCGCCAGACAAGGCUUACUGCUCUAGAUCUCAUACAGCAUGCAGCAUCAGAUGAACAUCCUAGGCAAUUUUUGAAUAUACAAGAAGAAGCAUUGGAAAUGGUCCUUUUUCAAGUAACUGAUAACAACUUGAGGCAUACUCUAAGAUUCGGAAUUGGUUUGCAUCAUGCUGGAUUGAAUGACAAGGACAGGUCUUUGGUUGAGGAGCUAUUUGCCAACAACAAGAUACAGAUCCUGGUAUGUACCAGCACGCUAGCAUGGGGUGUUAACCUUCCUGCUCAUCUUGUCAUUAUAAAGGGUACUGAAUACUAUGAUGGAAAAUCAAGAAGAUAUGUUGAUUUCCCUAUUACAGAUAUCUUGCAAAUGAUGGGCCGUGCUGGCCGGCCACAAUAUGACCAGCAUGGGAAAGCUGUUAUUCUUGUCCAUGAGCCAAAGAAGAGCUUCUAUAAGAAGUUCCUUUAUGAACCAUUCCCUGUUGAGAGUAAUCUGAGGGAGCAUUUGCAUGAUCACAUCAAUGCAGAAAUUGUUUCUGGUACAAUUUGCCAGAAGGAAGAUGCGCUACACUAUCUCACAUGGACAUAUCUCUUUCGACGCUUGGUUGUAAAUCCAGCCUAUUAUGGGUUAGAGGAUGCAGAAUCCAAUACUCUCAAUUCGUAUCUUUCAAGGCUUGUGCAGAACACAUUCGAAGACCUGGGAGACAGUGGAUGUAUCAAGAUGAAUGAUGAUUCUGUUGAGCCUUUAAUGUUAGGUUCUAUAGCUUCCCAAUAUUAUCUAAGUUACUUGACAGUAUCAAUGUUUGGAUCAAAUAUAAGCACGGAUACUUCACUAGAGGUCUUCUUACACAUCCUUUCUGGUGCUUCUGAAUAUGACGAACUUCCUGUACGGCAUAAUGAGGAAAAUCUCAAUGCGAAAUUAUCCAAACUGGUCCCUUAUAGGGUAGAUGAGAACCGCCUUGACGAUCCACAUGUUAAAGCAAAUUUACUAUUUCAGGCACAUUUUGCCCGGUUAGAAUUGCCAAUAAGUGACUAUGUCACUGAUCUAAAAUCAGUUUUGGAUCAAAGCAUACGUAUUAUCCAGGCUAUGAUUGAUAUAUCUGCCAAUAGUGGAUGGCUGUUGAGCUCGCUCACUUGUAUGCAUCUUCUUCAAAUGGUUAUGCAGGGUCUCUGGUAUGAGAAAGAUUCUUCUCUGUGGAUGCUACCUAGCAUGAAUGAUGAUCAUCUAAGUUAUUUAAACAAACUAGGCAUCUUGACAUUGCGAGAUUUAUUGGUUCUUCCAGACAUGAAGUUACAAAGCUUGCUCCGGCAGUCUUCUGCUUCAGAGUUGUACAAGGAUCUCCAGCACUUUCCCCGCGUUCAGGUUAAGUUGAGAAUUCAGAAGUCUGAUAAUGAGGGUUCAAAGGCUCCUGUUCUAAACAUUAAAUUAGAAAAAACCAACUUCAGACGAUCCACAUCAAGAGCAUUUACCCCUCGAUUCCCAAAGGUAAAAGAUGAAGCUUGGUGGUUGGUUCUGGGGAAUUUUACAACCUCAGAACUGUAUGCUCUGAAACGUAUUAGCUUCUCUGACCAGACAACUACUCGCAUGGAGCUACCAAGUGCCAACAUCAACCUUCAGGAAACCAAGCUGCUGCUUGUAUCCGAUUGCUAUCUCGGACUUGAACAAGAGUUCUCCAUCGGGAAAUUGAGCCAGUAAUCGAAACUGUGCUAUCCAAGGCACUAUCGCUGCAAACUGUGUAUCACUACCAUUGAAUGACAAGCGUACCGCAACAUAUGACACUGGCAGCUUCCAAAAAUUUUACUAUGUUUUCAUUUUGCGCACAUACCCUAAUAAGGAGCUGCCAUACCCAUCAAAAUUCAAAGAAAUUUUGAUCCUCUUUGGAGGAAUGCCUUGCAAGUGAGCAGGUAAAGAGUUUGAUGUUAUUAUGUCUUUUUCUCUUGAUAGUGUAUGUUGAGUACCAUGCCUGGCAUGACAUAUCCUACAAUCUGCAGUUAUACAUUAAUUAUACUUAUGCUCAUUUAAUAUUAUGGUUCUGUGUUUCAUAAAUAAAAGCUUUGUUUACCGAUUAUUUAUAA